GUUAUCUAGCAAUCAGAUAAUAUAUGUAGUGCGAGCGUUCUAAGAUAAUUUGUUUACGUAAUUUAUUUAUUGUGAAAUUACUUCCUUAAAAUACUUAAUAAACGGUUCAUUCAUUUAAUUUGAAUUUACGACGUAAAUAGUGUGAGAGUGAGUUUGUAAACUUUAUGUAAAUUUGUGAAAAAUAGUUUGUUUUAGUAUUUAUUUAUUGUGAAAUUAUUUCCUUAAUAAACUGUUCAUUCAUUUUAAAUUUAUUUUACGUUGUAAAUAGUUUGUAAAAUAGUGAGAGUGAGUUUGUAAACUUUAUGUAAAUAAGUGUUUUUUUUUUGUUUUUCUUCGCUGUUAUUUUGGCUGUGUUUGUGUGGGAACUGAAUGCUGUUUUCCUCACGAUAUCCCGUCAUCUCUUUCUCUGUUUGUGGACUGUCUAGCGCAAACAUAUACAGGGUUUCCCAUAGCCGAUUUGACUUAAUCAGUUCAGCGCAUAUGUAAUCUAGUGUUAGUGAACUUGUAAAUAUAAUGUAAAUGAGUAAAAAAAGUUUUUGCGGUAAAUGAAAAGUGAAUAUAUUAGAAGUAUUUAUAUUUAGUUAUCAAUAGUAAAUGACUAGAGUGCCACGUGGAACUGUGUUUAUUUAAAUAAGUAGAUAUGUAAAGUCACAUUUGAUGUCAGUGAUAUAAAACCAUGAAAAGAUUAACUGUGGAUAUUGUGAAAUUAAAUAUAUUUUUAUAACAAAGUAGAAUUGUAUAGUACAGUGAGUGUCUUGUCUGCUUGAAACUAUUAAAGUGACAAUAAAUCAUGUUGGCGACAAAGAAACUGAUCGUCUACAUUGGUAUCCCGCUGGUAGCGUUACUGGUGGUGGUGGGGAUAGCUUUAGGACUCAUAUUCUAUUACAAAGACCCUGAAGCCAGUCCAGUGUCUUCAAGGAAGAAGCUGGUGAUAGAUCAUGAUGGUGGUGCUGAUGACGCCUUCGCAGUUACACUGAGCUUGCUCAAUGAGAAAUACUUCGAUGGGCCAGAACUAGUCGCCUUGACAACAACAAAUGGAAAUGUGAACCUCACGCAAAGUAUUAUCAACAGCCAUCGGUUUCUGGCGCUCUGUGAUAGGCAAGAUAUACCAAUAUACUCAGGUGCUCACAAAGCCUUGGUGGCUGAUAUGGUAUCUGAUAACUUCUAUGGAAUGGAUGGGUUAGGAGACACGGGCUAUGAAGCUCCAUUGACAAUAGAAAUUGGGAAGAAACCAGCUGCCAUGGCCCUCAUAGAACUUUCAGAGAAAUACGAAGGAGAACUAAUAGUAGUAGCUAUUGGUCCAGUCACCAACAUAGCAUUGGCUGCGCGACUGGAUCCCGACUUCAUAGGACGACUGUCGCAGUUAUACGUGGGUGCAGGCCAUAUUUACAGUGAAACACAUACAGAACCUGAAUUCAACGCGGCUAUGGACCCAGAAGCUUACUACAUAAUGGCAGACAGCGCUGCAGCAGCUAAAGUGACAGUUGUACCAUUCUCUCAAGUCUACAAUUCGUUGAAUGUGUCUAGUGAAUGGCGUAAAAAUGUUUUGGGGGAAAUCGACACACCUAUCAUGGAAGCUCUGAACUCGUUUGAACGGAUAUCGUUUUCCAAAGAAGUCUCGUGGACCCAACUAGACCCGGCUGUAGCUUCUAUUGCACUACACAAUGAAAUCGUCGAUGAAUUCAGAUAUUCUAACAAUAGUAUUAUUUUAGAAGGUGAAAGCCGUGGUAUCAACACAAAUGACUUCUCCUCAUCAGAACCCAAUACAAGACUGGUUUACAAAGGAAAUAUUGAACAAUACCAGAAGUUCCUAUUCGACGUGUACUCAGCCGAAUUGAAACCUUAACUUUAAGUAAAUAAAGUUGCAAUUAGUGUAGGUAAUCUUGUGAACUAAUGUUUAAACGUAUGUGUUUGUCUUGUUAUUGUAUAGAUAGUGUGAUGAUGUGAUGUUUUAGAUAUAAUGUAUUGUACUUAUACUUAAGUAAUAAUAAAUUUAUUUAUUGACUAAA